GUUUUGAAGCCAAAUGCGGUAUAGCUAUUAUACAUUAUAAAUUAAUUAUACAUUAUAAAUAAUUAUUAUUAUAUUAUUAUAAAUUGACAAACAGUUAAGUUUCCCAUUAAAAGAAGCAACUGCAAUUCUGAUACUUUAUUCAAAAGAAAAUAUAACGUUUUACUAAGUCGUUGUACAUCCGUUGGGAAGGAAAACGUGAAAUAAACAUGUCUCAUGGUUACGAUGCACAUGACGAUGGCCCCGGUUUUGUCGGCAUUCGUUUCUGUCAGGAAUGCAAUAAUAUGUUGUAUCCGAAAGAAGACAAAGAGAAUAAAAUACUAUUGUAUGCGUGCCGAAAUUGUGACUAUAAACAAGAAGCUGACUCAAAUUGUAUUUAUGUGAACAAAAUUAUGCACGAAAUCGAUGAAUUAACACACAUUGUGCCAGACGUUAUAUCAGAUCCAACGUUGCCCCGUACAGAAGAUCAUGCCUGUCCAAAAUGUGGCCAUAGAGAGGCUGUCUUUUUCCAAGCACAAACACGACGAGCCGAAGAAGAAAUGAGAUUGUACUAUGUGUGCACAAAUCCAAACUGUACACAUCGAUGGACUGAAUAGAUUAAUAUAGGGGAACAAUAUACGAAUAUUUACGUACAUUUUCACAAUGAAAUAUUAAUAUUGUUCAAUAAAAAUCAAGACACACCUUUAAAAUAGAUUGAAAUAAAUAACGUUUGAUAAUCAACA